AUGGAGGAGAAGGUUUGGAAGAAGGUUAACAGCAGAGCAUGUGGGAUUAUUAGGUCAUGUUUGACAUUGGAUUUGAUCUAUGAUGUGAUGAACGAGACGUUGACGAAACGGUUAUGGGAAAUACUCAAUAACAAGUACUUGACGAAAAACAUUGAGAAUCAGCUUCAUUUGAAGAAAAUAUUUUACCAAUUCAAAAUGAAUAGGGGAGUUUCCAUUAGAGAGCAUGUCAAUAACUUUACAAAGUUAUUGUCGGAUAUGGCCAAUGUGGAUAUCAUGGUAGAUGAUGAAGACAAUGCGAUGUUGUUAUUGUGUUCGUUGUCAGAGGAUGAUUAUGGUACUUUUGUCCUUACUAUGAUUAAUGGUAGAACCAUUGUUAGCUACAAGGCGUGA